GUCGGCAAAGUCCUCGCUGGAUACCGAGACCCGCACCUGCCAUGCGUCACGCCCACGAUUGCCACCUUGAGCGAGCUUCUUCCUGCGCUCGAGUACGCCCAGCUGCUAACCCUGCGCGGCCAGCUCAUCAAGAACGUCAGCGGCUUCACGGACACCACGCUCAACGUCGACGCCUUUGUCCUGGAUGCGGCGCUCGCGUCCCUGCUCAUCCAUCUUGACGACUGGUACACACUGGAGCUGUGGCACACGGCAACCCAAAAGAAACAACAGUUUGUUCGCGCUGACCUCAAGGCAGGUGUCAACAUCAUGAUCAUAGCAGCAGGGCGAGAGGUAGACGUACCAACGGCGCCA